AUGCAGACGGAAGGCACAUCCUUAAGCGAUGAUAGCGACACUACUGAGGUUCUGAAACACAACGAUGUGGGCGGCGACGCAGACUUACAGCGGUCAAGUUUAUCUGACGUAGAUAUGCACAGUGCUAGAGGCUCGGUAGAAGAAGAUGUGGACGUCGUCGAUCACUCUGCGGUCGACUUCGUCAGCAACGUGACUGAAACUGUGAUCGCAGUCGCCGCCCUUAUUGGAAACGAUGUUGGAGACGGAGAAGAAGACUCAGACUCCUCUCUCGACUCAGCGACAGUGAUGCACGUCGGCUACUUUGACAAUGAGGAAGACGCCGAGAGAAACCUUCAUCGCUUGAAUGAAUUCGUAAACACAUACAUAACUAGAUAUACAUCGACAUUUCAUGUGGGUAAGGAGUAUUGUGUCGAUCACAUCAAGACUGCCGCGACAGCAUUAAGCUCAUCGGACACCAAGACGACGAGUUAG